CCAUAAUGUAUCAUGGCUGAAGAGGUUUCUAAUGCAAUACAGGCUUACCUCACACAGGAAGCGACUGCUACCAGGGACAACCAAACAGUGUCACCCUUCAGGUUAGUAACCAUCAACAGGAGCAGGGGAGAGGUACAGUCUGUACAUCUGCUGUCUGUCGGUAUAAUAAAUACAUGUAUUCCAUUGCUAAAGCUGUCAGAAUGUGAUGAGGUAACAUAAAUUGCAGCUGUAUCACACACAAGCACUAACAAUCCUUAUUACAGUCUCAGUGCAGUGGCCUAUACAUACUGCAGAUAAAUGACACAUACUGAGAAUCUGUGUCUGAAUAUUGAUUAUGAUUGUGGUAAAUGGCUGUGUUUUCGGUCUGUCUCCUGCUUUGAAUUUUACAGGCUGCUUGUGAUUUGUUGGGUGUAUAAUAAGAGCAUUAGUCUCAUGUAUAUAUUAUAUUAUAUAUAAGGAUUAAUGUGCAUUUUGUUGUAUUCACUAAACAAUGAGCUGGGGUUAGUUGUCAACUUUAUGCAAAUGUGAGACCCGGAUUGGAAAUUUAAUUGAUGUAAUCUCACCACAAAUCACUGUUUUUGCAAACAUGCUUCUUAAGCAUCUUUGAGCACUUUAUGUUUGUGAUGAAACUGUAGUUCUGUAGCAGCUUAGUGAAAUAUUAUUAUUAUUAUUAAUAUAUUAGGUGGCCUAGUUAUUCCUUAAUUCACAUCUUUUAUUAUUCUUUUUCCUAUUCCAUUUUAGUUUUUUUGUUUCACAAAUUUGUCACUUCUAUUUAAAUAAAGAGGUGCAUAAUUCUUUCACAAUUUUUAUUACAACUGAUAGUGGCAGGUUUUCUUUGACAGAUAAGUAGCUUUCACAAUCUUCCUUUUUCUUUAACAAAUUAAAUAAAGAAAACAUAAAAUUGUCAAUGAAUAUAUUUAGAAAGAGGAAUAGUGGUGGAAGUACGAAUUAUUCAGGCACAUUACAGAAAAGGGGGGGAGGGGGGAAUCACCAGUGUACAAAGGGUGGAGAUUUUAUUUUAUUUUAAUUUUUAUACAUAUGAAUAUGGUGCAUGCACACCAAACUGGUGCAAAACUUGACAGCAAAUGCAAAAAAAAAAAAAUGUGUAUAUGACCCCAAUUUACCCUAAUGUAAUAAACUAAUAUAAUAAGAUACUUUGUUGCAAAUACUCGUUUAUUCAUUAAGCAGUAAACUGAAAACCAAAUUGUAAAAGUUUGACUAAAACAUCCACGCUGUGUAUUUAAAGGAACACUAUAGUCACCUAAAUUACUUUAGCUAAAUAAAGCAGUUUUAGUGUAUAGAUCAUUCCCCUUCAAUUUCACUGCUCAAUUCACUGUCUUUUAGGAGUUAAAUCACUUUGUUUCUGUUUAUGCAGCCCUAGCCACACCUCCCCUGGCUAUGAUUGACAGAGCCUGCAUGAAAAAAAAAACUGGUUUCACUUUCAAACAGAUGUAAUUUAUCUUAAAUAAUUGUAGCUCAAUCUCUAAAUUGAACUUUAAUCACAUACAGGAGGCUCUUGCAGGGUCUAGCAAGUUAUUAAGAUAGCAGGGGAUAAGAAAAUCUGAAUUAAACAGAACUUGCAAUAAAGAAAGCCUAAAUAGGGCUCUCUUUGCAGGAAGUGUUUAUGGAAGGCUGUGCAAGUCACAUGCAGGGAGGUGUGACUAGGGUUCAUAAACAAAGGGAUUUAACUCCUAAAUGGCAGAGGAUUGAGCAGUGAGGCUGCAGGGGCAUGUUCUAUACACCAACACUGCUUCAUUAAGCUAAAGUUGUUCAGGUGACUAUAGUGUCCCUUUAAGCUAAGUUGUAGAUUUGUACACAUCAGCUAUUGUUGCUUACAUUUUGCAAAGUCCUUUUUUUUUUUUCUAUUGCAAUUUGCAAAGUGCACAGCCACAGGGUACCCCAGAUAGCGCUCUGACUCAUCAUCGAUUGGCAGGUAAUCAUUCACUGCAGGCAAAAUAAACACAUCAUAUUGUUUGUUAAAUUUACGGUGGUGCCAUAUUAAAGGGAUCCUAUAGUGCCAGGAAAACAAACCCGUUUUCCUGGCACUAUGGGCUCCCCUUCACCCACUUACCUGAAUCCAGUACCAAUGUCCCUUGAAGCUGGGUCAGGUUCCACUCACACGCCUCUCCUGCCGACGUCAGCUGGUGGGGGAGACCUAAUGCGCAUGCACGGCAAUGGCCGCACGCGCAUUACAUCUCCCCACAGGAAAGCAUUAUUCAAUGCUUUACUAUGGGGAAAAUCUGACGCUGGAGGUCCGUGAGGACGUCCAGUGUCAGAUAACGGACCAAAAGUCUGUUUGAAUUCCAGAAGCCCUCUCGUGGCUGUCUGAGGGCAGACUUUGAGCUGCAAUGUAAACAUUGCAGUUCUUUGGAACUGCAAUGUUUUACAUUGCAGCACUAAGUGCAAAAGGGUCACAGCACCCAGACUAUUUAAAUUAGCUGAAGUGGUCUGGGUGCCUACAGUAUCCCUUUAAGGAUACUGUUAAUGUUAUGAUUAUACUGGGAUAUCUUUUAUUCUAUAAAGUUAUUUACUUUAGUCCUUUGAAACCUAGAUCAAUGAAAUACAUUUGAGCUAUAUGAGUGUUAAUGUAGAAUUGCAGGUUUUAAAAUAGAUCAGUACGAGGGAAUACCUUAUUUGAGGACCUAGGCUAUUAUUUAAAGCAAAACUGGCUAAACUUUGUUGGAUUACACUACACGUUGUGGCAGUUUCCCAUAAUUCUUAGCAAGACAAUAUAUAGUCUUCAGCAGCCUAUAGUGAUCAAUGGCCCAGGAACAUAUAAAAUGUAUAGGGACUCUGUGGACUGUAUACACUGAUUAUAGAGGAUGCAAAAAGGUUUCUGUAAUGUCAACCUAUGAUUUAUGACCCAAUGGACUUGUCUAAUAAAGAUGCUGCGCAAACAGGAUGCUGUUUAUAAUCUUUGUUUUCUUUAAGAACAGAUGAUGGAGUCUAUUGUAUCCACGGUGGAGGCAGAGUACAUUAAGAACCUCCAACAACAGAUCUACUUCCUGGAACUGGAAGCAAGAUUUCUAUAUCCUUUUCCUGUUAUUUAGAAAAGAUAUUAUAUCCAGAUGCAGCAUUUUCUACAGUUUCAUAUGUUAAUAUAUGUGGCAAAAAGGGAAAUGUACAAUUUGUAUUCUAUACAGAAAUCUCAACAUGCAAAAAUGCAUUAUAGGGAGGCGGCUUCACCAGAUACUUCCACUGGCACACACACACACGCACCGCCACCAAACAUGUAUGAACCUUGACACACAGAUACAUGCACUGGCAAAUACACACACUCAGAUACAUACUGAUACACAGAUACACAAACUGGCAUACAGAUACACACACUAUGAUAAAUACACUGGCACACACACUCAGAUACACAUACUGACUCAUACACAGAUACACACACUGACAUACUCACAUAUCAUACAUUAUACAUUUUCAGCCACCAUACUGUUAGCUUACCUUUGUGUCCAAGAGGGUGGCUUUCUUGGGGUUCUGGCCCUGGCUGAAACUGAUGAAAAUGAGCAUGCAGCAGCAGCAGCUCCCUCCAGCCUCUCCUCUGCCUCCAUGCGUACUGCUGUGUGCGCUGCAACUGACUCCAACCUCCUCCAGUUAUUUCAACAGCGCGGCGCUUUGUGAAGCAUGCUGUCACUUCCUCCCUGCCAGCUGAUGUUACAAGGGCCUGGCCGGCUUGCCAAAGUGUUUCUGCCGCCCCAUCUUCUCCCUCUAUUUGCAUCACUUCCAGCAGGGUAUUUACAGAUUAUUGUAAUUUGUUUUGUAUUUUUUAAGAUUCAGUGUCAUUACCUGGUGCCCAAUAUUCGAUACACAAAACAUGAAUAAUGAGCACAAUCCUUUAGAUUGCAAGCCUAUGGGCUAUCUUGCUAAGUACUUGGUAUAAAAGAGCUUCAAUGGCUAGAUGCCUGUUCACAGGCAAGGCCCUGUUUACGUUUUGUAUUGGCUUGUGUAUAUUGUACUGUCUUUUCCCCUAAUUGUAUAGUAAUAACCACAUGAUAGAAAAGCAGGCUGUGCUACCUGAAGCAUCUGCCUUCAUUUCAUACAGAAUACCAAAUGGUGUUGUGGUGUAAUGUGGAGUGGUCUUUCUGGACAGAACCCUUUACCAAUUGGCAUAACUGAAAAGUUACUAACUAGCAAGUUUGUUGUAACUUUGAUGUGACACCAACAAAUAAAUCCUGCAGGCUUCUGUAAAUUGAGCUAUUUGUUUCAAUCCAUAGUGUUUCUGGACAUAAGGCUUGUAGUUCUAAAAGUAGUUGAUGUCUUUCCUUUUAACUUUAAAGGGACACUAUAGUCACCAGAACAAUUAUAGCUUAAUGUAUUUGUUCUGGUGAGUAUAGUCAGUCCCUGCUAUACUCAGUAAAUUUACAUUAAAGCCUAGGGACACCUCUAGUGGCGCUCCUCAGAUGGUCACGCGAGGUGCUUCCAGGAAAAUUGCUGCACGCUGUGCAGCACUGCCGUUCAUUGUCUCCAUGCUCUGCAUGGAGACGCUGAACUUACCUUAUAGAGAUGCAUUGGUUCAAUGCAUCUCUAUGAAGAGAUGCUGAUUGGCCAUGGUGGCAUUUAACCCCGCCCCGCCUCCUUGGCGAUCUCAGCUAAUACAAUGCUUUCUCUGUGGGGAAGCAUUGGAUUAGCUGAGAUCAUGAAUUCUGAUGAUGUCAACCAAAGAGGUGGACGGAACCUGGAAAUAAGGUAUCUUUUAAUGAUUUGUAAGGAGGGGGGCAAGGGGGCAAGCCACCUAAAUUGUGGUUUUAACACAAUAGGGUCAAGUAUAGAUGUUGUGUUCCUGACCCUAUCGUGUUCCUUUAAUCAUACUACAAGCUACAUAAAAAGGUUAAAAGGACACUGUAGGCACUUUUGCAACUUCAUUUUAUUGACCGUGCCAUAGUGCCUGCAGUCCUGCCUCCCUCACCUACCUUCGAAAACCCUGUUGUACACUAAUUAGUCGGCUUGGAAGCACAGCUUCAAGCCAUGUCUCUGAGCCCUCUGGGUAUUAUUGAAAAAUUGAAACUUAAGUGUGAAAAUUUGUGGCGCUUAUUUCUUAUUGUAGUGAUGUUAUUUUGUUAUAGCAGCUGAAAACACUCUGUGGGUACUCCAAAUAACCCACCAAACCAUGAAAUGUAUAUCAAAUAUGCACCUUAUAUUUAGGUGAUACACCCCUACCUAAUAUAUAAAGUGCGAAUGAAGAGCUUAAAUGUGAAUGUAGGGACUUACCCUCAAAAUUGUAACAAUUGUGGAUAGAUGUAAAUAAAUACAAAAGAGAAAAAGACUUAUGGUGUAGUAUAUUAGUGAAUUUUUAAAACACAAACUUAGUGAGUGAACAUUAACUCACAAUGUGUAGAGCCUUUUCGGGAUAUAGGCUCUGUGGCCUCCUGUGCCUUUAAGGUGGCAAGCAACAACCUUUCUUCAGGGAAUACUCGGUCAGCAGCUCCCAAUAAGAUACAUGUAAAUGAGAGACGAUAAAGAGACAAAAGCCUUCAAGGUGUAGCUCACCUUGUUUGGAGCCUUUUGGGAACUGGCUUCAAGUUAGAAAGACCUGUGUCACUUUGGGGGUGACACCAGUGGCGUACAUACCAGGGUCGCAGGGGUCGCGGCUGCGACCGGGCCUGGCCCACCAGGGUGCCCGGCCGCACCUGCGACCCGGUGUGUACCCACUGAGCCAGCCUCUUCCCUUGGGGGGCCCAGGAGCCGACCACCCCAGGGCCCCCCGAGGCUGGCCCUGCUGACACCCGGAAGGCGGGUGGCCGGCCAGUCAGGCGGGCACGCGAGGGAGCACUCAGUGCUUCCUCUUCAGCUCCCUCGCGCACCGCACUGAUACCGGAGCCAGAAGAUGACGUCAUCUUCCGGCGCCGGCAUCCCUACGCGGCGCGCGAGGGAGCUGAAGAGGAAGCACUGAGUGCUCCCUUGCGCGCCGGCUAGACAGCCCGCCAGCCCAGCAGCACCACUGGACCCCAGGGAAUCCCCCCAGCACUCCAAAAGGUAAGGAGGCUGGGGGGAUUAAAUUAAAAAAAAAAAACGUGUGAGUGUUAGUGUGUGUGUCUGCUAGUGAGUAUCAGUGAGUGUGUUACUGUGUGUGUCUUACUGAGUGUGUGUGUGUUAGUGAGUCUGUUUGAUGUCUGUUAGUGAGUUUGUGUUUGUCAAUGAGAGUGUAUGUUUUGUGAGUGUGAAUGUAUGUCUGUCGCUGAGUGUGUCUCUGUCAGUAAAUGUGUGUGUCUGUUAGCUAGUGUGUAUGCGUCUGUAAGUGUGUGUGUGUGUCUUCAGCACUUACCUUUCUCCAGCGCCGGACUCCCUUGGCGCUGGGGAUCCCUCAACCUCUCAGCUCCGAAUGCGACCGUGCACGCAUUCAAACCGCCCAUAGGAAAGCAUUACUCAAUGCUUUCCUAUGGACAUUCAGUGUGCUCCUUUAGCGGCUGUCAGUGAGACGGUCACUAGAGGCUGGAUUAACCCUCAGUGAAACAUAGCAGUUUCUCUGAAACUGCUAUGUUUUCAGCUGCAGGGUUAAAACUAGAGGGACCUGACACCCAGACAACUUCAUUGAGCUGAUGUGAUCUGGGUGUCUGUAGUGGUCCUUUAAGUGUGUGUGCAUCUGCAUGCACUGGCGUACAUACCGCGGUCGCAGGGGUUGCAGCCCUGUAACCCCUGCGACCAGGUGCCCACCGCCAUGUGUUGCGGCACAGCCCGCGUGCGGGGGGGGGGGGCCCACGGAUCAAUUUUCGCACCGGGGCCCCAUGGGUCAUGUGUAUGCCACUGGGUGACACUCCCCUAUCUGGAACUCAGGUAUCAGAUGAAAAGACAGGAGGGAGUGAAUUAUAUAUUACCUUUUAUUACCAUCAAAGAUUAUUUUAAAAACCAUGUAUUAACAAAAAAAUAAAUAAACAUGGGCAAAAUAAAAGUACUGUUCUCUUGUCUACCAAGAUGCAGUUUUGCCUGGAAUAGUGGCUUUUUCAAUCAGUAAGUUCACUAGUUGUCCGGUUCCAGUUUUGAAUAUCCGCCUGUCCCACCCUUUUUCCUCAGUGGUCCAAUCUCCAUGGAUUACUCACAGCUGGUGUGAGGUUCGAGGCGGUGUACCUGUGAUGAUCUUUGCUUGUUCGUGUAGCCGAAAGUGACGUGCGAACUCACUCGCGAUACGUCACUUACGGUUUAUGGUGGGAACUACUGCGUCCAGAAUGCUUUUCUUCAUAUUGUAAUACUCAAUUUCUGGGCCGGAUCGUUGGAUAUUUGGAUGUUAGAGUCAGUUCUCAUGGUUCAUGUUCAAUAUUGAAUCAUAAAUAAAAGAAAAAAAAAUAAGAAAUUGUAGAUUGAAUAUUUACUUUUGUAUAAUCAUUGCAAAUGUACCAUUUAUCCUUUGGUUCUUAAUGGACCUUGCCUAUAUUAACCCAAUGAUAUUUGUACAAAAUAGAUAAUAGUAACUUUUUAUAUAUAUGAGCUCACUUAUAGAGGUAUAGCUAUAGAAUAUAUAAAAUAUGUCUAUAUAUGCAACGAACACCAUGAGGAAAUUAACUACAUUUGAGAUUUUCUUUAACAAUGAAUAUUUACUCGGGAUCAAACUAAAAAGGCUACCAACCUCCAACCUAGACUCAACUCAGAAGCAGAGCACAUAUUGAAGAAGCUGCAGGUAUGUCCUAAAUAAAAAUGUGGAUAAGAUAAAAGCAAAAAAAAAAAAACACACACAAAAAAAUAAUAAUAAUUCACUUAAGCAUUUAUUAAAACAUUAACUUUACAAUUACAUUUAAUUACCACUGAUAGCUUUAUAAUUUUUAUAAUAAUUAUGGCCAAGAGAGGAGAGUAAUAGAGAACCAUACUGGGAAUGCAUUUUGUUGUUUCUUUUUUUUUUUCAUCCAGGACCUUCGAACUCAGUGUAAUGGUCUCAAACUGGAGGUGAAACGAAGAGAUGCAAACUUGCUGAUUUUGCAGAGAGACCAGGAUUACCUGAGAGGAGAAAUCCAAAGUACAGAAGGUUAGUCUUCAUCUGGUAACUAUAUGAAUAAUAUGUGAGACUUUUUGUAGGCUUUUGCAUAGAAAAUAAUUAUUUAUUUCCAAAACAUUUCUUCUCAUUAUGUGAUUGUCAGUACUGCUAGCUGUUGUUCACUGUACUACAAAGUGCCUCCCAAUUUUGACAUGGGAAAUGGCAAUUUGUGUUCUUAUUUAAAGAUUUGACUUUACCAAGCUUAAUUAGAAAUCAUUUAAAUUGCGCAAACAUAUUUUGCAGCAUUUUAAAAUGAUAAAAUGUGAAUAUUAAAAUCUGACCCUAAAUCUUGUUAAACCUCAUCCUAAUGCAUACUCUAAUCCUCUACCUACCCCUAAUUAUAACUUUAAUCCUAACCCUAGAAAUAGUGUUAGGAGGAUUCCCUCAGCUGAUAUAAACAGAGGAAUUCCUUUCCUAUUUCCAUCAUAGGGAUUCCCUUGCUGACCCUAAUCCUAGUCUGAACCCCAAUCUAAAACAAAAUCAGAGUACUACAAUAAUUCUAAACCUAAUCUUAAACAUAAACCUAGUACAUCUUCUAAAUCUAAUCUUAAUCCAUGACCUUAAUCCUUAAUUUAAUCCUAAUUCCAAGAGUUUCCCUUUGCUAAUAUCAGUACUGGUAUUAGCAAAGGGAUUCUAAGUUAAACCAGAGAGUGUAAUUUUGUGGUCAUCUGGAUAUUUUCAGUAUGACAGGAUCUUCCCAUUUCUAAUACUAAAAUUGGUUUGGCCAAUGCAUUGUGAUCAGUGCUCAACAACUGACAAAGCCCAUCACAAGUCAGAAUGGCAUUGGGGCAUGGAGUGAGACUUGGGAGCAUGCAGAGACACCCUGAGCAGCUCCCUUCAUCAGCUGAAAUGUAAGUAUCAUAGCGGGUUAGCAUGAUACUCUCAGCUACAGUGUUCUCAAUUAAUUUAAAGGCCUAUAUACAGCGCUCACCUUGAGGACUGCAUACAGCUCAUCAGUCAGUCUGGCCCAAUAGGUGUGACCCAAGGUAUUGAUGAAUACUGGGUCUCCCUGGUGUGAGCAGAUAUUUUACCCUGCCCACACCACAUUUCUAAAUGCCUAUUUAAAUGGCUGUAAGCAGCGCUCAAUUUGAACUCUGCAUACAGUGCAUCUGUCAGUCUGGGCCAUGUAAAAUUUCCCCAGCUGACAGAAGGGGAUCGAUACUGGGUUUCCUGGUGUGAGUAGGGAUUUAACACUGCUUACACGGAAUUGUAGCCAGUGGGCUUUAAAUCCUCUGUUAAUCACUGCAUAAAGUUCAUGUCUCUGGGGAGAAUAAAAAUGGCCUCCUUGGUUGUGCAGGGUACUCUUGACACAUUACUAUUAUAGUGUUGUUGACACUGUUAAAUAUAACUCCAUCUACAGACAAUACUAGAUAGGAGAUGGAGUUAUAACACAGCUUUGUACACAGUCCCCCAUUUGUCUCCACAGUCCUCUCACAGUAUCUGGUCUUCAGCUCUUAAAGGCCGUCCACUAAAAUAUCCAGUCUGACUCUUAUACUCGCUUCCUCUAUCCAUUAAUUCAUUCCUUCCUCUUAUUUCUUCCUAAUUCACACUUUUGUCUCACACCCAAUACCAACUUCCCCUGAUCUCUGACUCCUACUAGCAACUGUACCUUUUCAAUUACAAUUUCAUACCAUCCAAGUUUGUGUAAAGUGAGUACAUUCUUCUUUGGCAGUGGCUCAUUCCAAAGACAAACAGGAGCUGGUGAAUGACGUUGUUCAGUUUAAGAAAAUGAAGGAGCUAACAGACCUUCAAAUAUCUCAGAAAGAGAUGGAUAUACUGAAAACCAAACAAGAACUGGAGAUAGAGCUGUCAAACCUAGCAAACAGUGAGCAGAGAGUACGCUCUCUCCAGUCACAGGUACCUUAUUACUACUAUGUUUAUUCAGAAAGCAGUCAAGCAGUCAUUAACACUGUGCAAUUUAAAGGUAGAUUAUGCAUGCUUCCAAGAUAGCAAGGGCCUAGUUAGACAUAACCAGUGAAAAAUCCAAUCAUGACAAGAUCAACAAGAAAAUAUAUUUUACAACAUCAAUAGUUAGAUCCUAGAUAUACAAGAUUAGUACCAAGAAGUUAGACAAGUUUAGUAAUAAGACCUUAGACAAGAUCACUAGCAAUAUCCAAUUUAGUCAUUAUUAGUAGCAACAUAAUUAGGAGUGAUUUGUAAAAUAAAUGCUAGUCAAUAUCAUUACUAAUAUGUUAUCUAUUACUAGUAUCAAGACUUUAAUUAGACUUGAUCAAUAUCAAGAGGCUAGUUGGACAUGAUUAGACUUGUUAGACUUGAUCAGUAACAAGACCAUACAUCCCAUGUGUCCCUAUUUAGUAGGGACUGUAUAUAUUUCGGGCUCAAAUCCCUCUGUCGUUCCUUCCUGUCCUAAUGUCCCUCUUUUCCAGGAGCUCCAUAAUUUUGUUGUGUAUAACAGAGCUCCAUAGCAAUAAUACUCCCAGUAAUGUAUUGUGACAGAUGUCCUUUGUAGUCAAAGGUUUGUUUGUGUGGUAUCUUUAAAUAACCACAGUCUUCUUAGGUAAGCUACAACGUAGGACAAACUCCAACUCUGGUUUUAAGCGGUCUAUUUUCUUAAACACAUCAGCAAGUGGAAAUAAAACAAAAUAAAUUCUUGCUCUUUCUUCAGCACCAACUAUACAUAGAAUUCUCUAUCUAUAUUUGGGUGGCUUUCCUACUUCCCAACAAAUACAAAAAUGCAUGAAAAAACAAAGCACCACACAAAUAUUAGUUUGUAGCAGUCCAGCUCCCUCGGCUGGAAUAUCAGACUGAGGGAAUCAGGGGCAAAAUGAGCACUCUGGCAUAUCGGUCAUGGACCGAGGCUCUGGGGGGCCCGCCUGUGGUGCAAAUGUAAUGGCAGCUGUGGAGUUCAGCAAGCUUCCCAGCCAGCCUGCACUCAGUAAGGGGCCUGCACGAACUUCUGCGGGCCCCUGCUGUUAGAGAAGCUUCCCCCCAUGGACGGCCAUGCUAUGCUCACAGUCAGCAGACCUUUGUAUCACACUGGAAGACAGCCCAGGGGCCUUAUCAAAGACCCACUACGCUGCCUCUCACUGUGCCUGUCUAGUGCAGUCUGCGGCUUUUGGCUGGAAGAAAAAAAUCAGCAGAGGCUCCAGGAACAGAGCCUCUGCCCUGAGUUGAGCACUCCAUGCAGGCUGCCUGUAACUGAGCAGAGCAGCCCCGUGCAGAGCUGCAUUAUCAGUGUUUCAGGCAGCCUGUCCGCAAUUUCAUGACCGCCCAGGGAGGGAGCUCUUCUGGACGCUUGCUUGGCGAGAUGGAGGUUGGACACUCUGCACCACUGUGGGUAAGGCUUACCCCCUUCCUGGACAAAGGUACGGUUUAGGGAGGGGGGGAUACAUUAUUUAACUUUAAAAAAAAUUAAAAAUAGGUAAAUAAGCUUUCCAAACGGCCCCUAUCCAUCCAUUCCCCUUUAUUCACCAAGCCCCAACACAUCCUACAAUCCCUAUCACCCCAUACACACACUACAACCCCUAUCACCCCUUACACAUCCUGCAACCCCUAUUACCCACUACAACCCCUGUUACCCCCUACAUAUACUACAACUCCUCUUACCCACUACAGCUUCUAUUACCCCUACACAUCCUAUAACCCCUAUUACCCCCUACAUAUACUACAACUCCUCUUACCCACUACAGCUUCUAUUACCCCUACACAUCCUAUAACCCCUAUUACCCACUACAACCCCUAUUACCCCUUACACAUGCUACAGCCCUUAUCACCCACUACAACCCUUAUUACCCCUACAUAUUCUACAACCCUUGUUACCCACUUCAGCCUCUAUUCCUUCCCUGCACCCUCAACUUCUAUUACCCCCUCCCCACUACAGCACUUAUAGCAACUAACUUAUAAUAACACACGGAUGUUCCACACACACAAACUACAAAUAUGGCCUUGCAUGCAGACCCUCAAUAUAAAUACGUCCCUUCAUACACACACUGAUGUCAUGGACAUACUAGCAUGAAUUCCCAAAAAAAAAAAUGCAUUUAAAGAAACACUAUAGGAACAGGAAUACGAAUGUGUAUUCCUGACCCUAUAGUGUAAAAACACCAUUUAGGUUACCGGCAUCCCCUUGCCCCUCCUAAAAAGGUAAUCAACUUACCUUUAUUUUAGCGCCACACGGGUCCACCGGCGCUGGCUCAGCCCAUGCUCUGGCCCCUUGACUGAGAUCAUUAGAAUUGAUCAUCUCAGCCAUUCCAAUGCUCUCCCUUAUGAAGCACUGGGAAGUUAAUUGACACACAUGGCAAAACGCUGCAUUGCGCCAAUCAGCAUCUCCUUAUAGAGAUGUAUUGAAUCAAUGCAUCUCUGUGGGGAAAGUUUAGCGCUUCCAUGCAGAGCAAUGAGACACUGAACAUCAGUGCUGCACAUUGUCUAUCACUGACCCAGGAAGCACCUCUAGUGGCCGUCUGAGUGGCUGCCACUGGAGGUUUCCCUGUGCUGCAAUGUAAACGGCAGUGUUUAAAUUAAAAUGCCUGUAAGGACUGGCUAUACAUACCAAAACAACUGCAUUAAUCUGAAGUUGUUCUGGUGACUAUACUGUCGCUUUAAGGUGGCUCAUAACUUUUAUCACAACGUUAGUACUUCAAGACCCCAAAUUUGGAUGCCUGCAUUCCUCAUAUAAACACAUUGCCGUGAUUCACAUACACACUUAAAUACUACCCUAUUUAAAAAAAAAUAUAUAUAUUUAUAUUACUCUGAAUCCACACAUCGUGACACUAGACACAAACAUACAUAUAUUCACUUAAACCGAGGCUCACAGUGAAUAUACACACAAAAACAUACAUUCACUUUACAUGAACAUACAGUCAGGUCCAUAAAUAUUGGGACAUCAACACAAUUCUAAUCUUUUUGACUCUAUACACCACCACAAUGGAUUUGAAAUGAAAUCAACAAAAUGUGCUUUAACUGCAGACUUUCAGCUUUAAUGUGAGGGUAUUUACAUCCAAAUUAGGUGAACGGUGUAGGAAUUACAACAGUUUGUAUAUGUCCCUCCCACUUUUCAAGGGACCAAAAGUAAUGGGACAAUUGGCUGCUCAGCUGUGUGUUAUUCCCUCAUUAUCCCAUUUACAGGUGUGUGUUAUUCCCUCAUUAUCCCAUUUACAAGGGGCAGAUAAAAGGUCCAGAGUUCAUUUCAAGUGUGCUAUUUGCAUUUGGAAUCUGUUGCUGUCAACUCUCAAUAGGAGAUCCAAAGAGCUGUCACUAUCAGUGAAGCAAGCCAUCCUUAGGCUGGAAAAACAAACCCUUCAGAGAGAUAUCAAAAACAUUAGGUGUGGCCAAAUCAACUGUUUGGAACAUCCUUAAAAAGAAAGAACGCACCGGUGAGCCCAGCAACACCAAAAGACCCGGAAGACUACGGAAAACAACUGUGGUGGAUGACUGAAGAAUUCUUUCCCUGGUGAAGAAAACACCCUUCACAACAGUUGGCCAGAUCAAGAACACUCUCCAGGAGGUAGGUGUAUGUGUGUCAAAGUCAACAAUCAAGAGAAGACUUCACCAGAGUGAAUACAGAGGGUUCACCACAAGAUGUAAACCAUUGGCAAGCCUCAAAAACAGGAAAGCCAUAUUAGAGUUUGCCAAACAACAUCUAAAAAAGCCUGAACAGUUCUGGAACAACAUCCUAUGGACAGAUGAGACCAAGAUCAACUUGUACCAGAGUGAUGGGAAGAGAAGAUGAUACUAAGAUAUGUAACAGGGUUGAUGUUCCAGGAGGGAUAAGCCAAAUGACAAAUGAUUCAGGUAAACUAGAAAAAUUGUCAGAAUUGUGGCAACUGACAUUUAAUGUGGAUAAGUGCAAGAUAAUGCAUCUUGGACGUAAAAACCCAAGGGCAGAGUACAGAAUAUUUGAUAGAGUCCUAACCUCAACAUAUGAGGAAAGGGAUUUAGGGGUGAUUAUUUCUGAUGACUUAAAGGUAGGCAGACAAUGUAAUAGAGCAGCAGGAAAUGCUAGCAGAAUGCUUGGUUGUAUAGGGAGAGGUAUUAGCAGUAGAAAGAGGGAAGUGCUCAUGCCAUUGUACAGAACACUGGUGAGACCUCACUUGGAGUAUUGUACACAGUACUGGAGACCGUAUCUUCAGAAGGAUAUUGAUACCUUAGAGAGGGUUCAGAGAAGGGCUACUAAACUGGUUCAUGGAUUGCGGGAUAAAACUUACCAGGAAAGGUUAAAGGAUCUUAACAUGUAUAGCUUGGAGGAAAGACGAGACAGGGGGGAUAUGAUAGAAACAUUUAAAUAUAUAAAGGGAAUCAACACAGUAAAGGAGGAGACUAUAUUUAAAAGAAGAAAAACUACCACAACAAGAGGACAUAGUCUUAAAUUAGAGGGACAAAGGUUUAAAAAUAAUAUCAGGAAGUAUUACUUUACUGAGAGGGUAGUGGAUGCAUGGAAUAGCCUUCCAGCUGAAGUGGUAGAGGUUAACACAGUAAAGGAGUUUAAGCAUGCGUGGGAUAGGCAUAAGGCUAUCCUAACUAUAAGAUAAGACUAGGGACUAAUGAAAGUAUUUAGAAAAUUGGGCAGACUAGAUGGGCCGAAUGGUUCUUAUCUGCCGUCACAUUCUAUGUUUCUAUGUUUCUAUGUAUGGAGAAGGAAAGGAAGUGCUCAUGAUCCAAAGCAUACCACCUCAUCAGUGAAGCAUGGUGGUGGUAGUGUCAUGGGGUGGGCAUGUAUGGCUGCCAAUGGAACUGGUUCUCUUGUAUUUAUUGAUGAUGUUACUGCUGACAAAAGCAGCAGGAUGAAUUCUAAAGUGUAACGGGCAAUAUUAUCUGCUCAUAUUCAGCCAAAUGCUUCAGAACUCAUUUGACGGCACUUCCCAGUGCAGAUGGACAGUGACCCGAAGCAUACUGCAAAAGCAACCAAAGAGUUUUUUAAGGCAAAGAAGUGAAAUGUUAUGCAAUGGCCAAGUCAAUCACCUGACCUGAAUCCAAUUGAGCAUGCAUUUCACUUGAUGAAGACAAAACUGAAGGGAAAAUGCCCCAAAAACAAGCAGGAACUGAAGACAGUUGCAGUAGAGGCCUGGCAGAGCAUCACCAGGGAUGAAACCCAGCUUCUGAUUUGCAACCAUGUAUUAAAAAGUGAAAGUUUGAUUUAUGACUGUUAAUCUGUCCCAUUACUUUUGGUCCCUUAAAAAGUGGGAGGCACAUAUACAAACUGUUGUAAUUCCUACACCGUUCACCUGAUUUGGAUGUAAAUACCCUCAAAUUAAAGCUAAAAGCCUGCAGUUAAAGCACAUCUAUUUCAUUUAAAACCCAUUGUGUUGGUGUAUAGAGCCAAAAAGAUUAGAAUUGUGUCGAUGUCCCAAUAUUUAUGGACCUGACUGUAUAUAAUAAAAUACACAGUACAUACGCCAUAUUAUAUACAAGCAUAUAUAUUAGUCUGCCGGGGGCCCAGGCCACUGUCAGUCCGUCCCUGGAGGGAACUGCCCCAGGCUGGUCUUACAUACAUUGUUAAUUAGGCACAUAAUUGGCAACUGACUUCACCUGCAGAGCCUUUGUUAAUCACUGCAAUAACUUGCCUGGAUCAUCCUAUGGGAAUUUAAUCCUUACAAGUGAGAGGUAGUAUUUGCCAAAGCACGUCUUCCAUACCUUUCAUCUACAAUUACAUCACAUCAACUAUCACAAUAUCUUUAAACCAAAUGUUUUUAGAAGUUAGUCUGUGUAUAUAAGAUACAUUGAUCUCAUACUAAUUACAUUUCUGUUCCAUAAAUGUAUUCUUUACUUACCUAAAAUUUCUUAGAACAGCCCCAUCUCUUGACUCACCCCCCUAAAGUAAAAGUAUCACUCUUUUUUCCAUUUGAAAUGUUCUGAGGAAUGCAUAACCCUAAUUAGACCAGAAGAGGAUCAAAAUUCAGUAUCAACCCCUGUGCUAGAACUGGGCAAAAACCCGAACCCUAGACAACACUAUAAGCAGCCUCUAUAUGUUCUCAGUAUAUGCACUGGCCUGACAUUAUCACACAUGCGCUUAGCCCAUGCUGAUAUAUUCAACCACGAGCAGGGGAUCUAGCUAGCAUCUCAAACUUAUACCCAAGUGUAUAACAAUACGAGAUAACAGAAUGUGAGUAAGCACCUUAAUAUGGGAUAAUCCUGGAACGUAGAAAGGAUGAACAGUGAACUAUACUGUCCUAACUCCUCUCAGACAUGCUGGUUUACUGUUGAUAUGCCGUUUCUGUCUCCUUUUCUUGAGCUUUGUUUGAACAACUUGAAAAAAAAUAAUAAUUAAAAAGUGUAAAAAGAGUUACGCUCUACCAGAAGCAUUGCUGGCUACCAUGCCUAAGAGUUGUUUAUUAUCAAUGCCUUACUGAUCCAUGUAUGCAUUUUCUUUAUUAACCUCAAUAAAAAAAUCAGUAACAGGAUCUCAAUUAGAUCAGGAAAUGAUGCAGAUACUAUUUAGAGUAGAUACGUGUCAAGAGCUCAGUUUCACUAGAUCACUCUCAACAUCCUAGACAGAUUAGAUCAGUAUUAAGAUCCCAUCUAGCAGAUAUUUGUGGUUGAAAUGCUUUCGGAGUAAACCAAAUGGAAUAAAUAUUAUUAAAAUUAUGGCUUGUUUGUUCUUAUUCAUGAUUGUUAAAUACCGAUCUUGGCACUCCCUCCCACCCCCCCAGAUAAAACAGAGGUCAGAACAACAAAAGUCAAUGGAGAAUGAGCUGUCAAAGAAGAGAAUGAGUUUGUUGAAGUUGAAUUCAGACAAAGAUGAAAUGGAACAAAAACUACUAAAAAGAACAGAAACUAUGCAAAAUGAGAUCACACUUGAUCUCAGGUAGGUAACGCUCUAUGUUACCCUGUGUUCGCUAUAAUGGUAUUGUAAGAUUCAUUAUCCUGGCUUCUCAAGCAUUAGCUGCAGGUGCAACAUUGCUCUGAUAGCAGCUCCACCAUCUACUGAAUUUCCUGGUAGCACAUUUCCAUUCUGCCCUCUGCUGGACAGACUGUUAUAAGCAAUUUCAGUCACUUCAAUUCAGCUGCACCAAAUUUCUUCUGAAUAUUUGUAAUGAUGCAAUUUCUGGUUUGGAUACGGUUUAGGAGUCUUAAAGGGUUAUUCACUAAUGUGAGAAUUGUCAGGAAUUCAAGUGACUUUAAAAUUGUAACCAAAAUAGCCAAAUUAUCUAUAUUUACAGCUAUACAGAACUUACAUUUGAAAUGCACUUUAAAUUACUGAUAAUCCUCACUUUAGUGUAUAACCCUAUUAGAGUAAGAAAGUUCUUUAACUCACGAUAAUGUAGACUGUACUUCCUAUUAUUCUUUAGGAAGUGAAGCUUCUCCAGUGUUCAGGAGUGUUGUGGGGAUUAUUGUAAAGAUAUCCUGUAAUCAAUUUUGUAUUCACUUUUUUAUUAUUGUCUUUACUUGUAAAUUUUAUUGUUAUAAUAAAUCACAUGAGACAACUAAUUGCCUUAUGAUUAAAUAAUCAUUACAGAUAACAGACAUAAAUAGUUUUCUUCCCUUUAUAACAUACAUGCUGGCAUUACCUAAACCGCUAAAACAAAUUAAGUUCUUAUAAAACAUAAUUUACUAUUGCUGCAUAAAAAAAAAUAAAGUGAUUUCACAUGACACUUAAAGGGAAACUAUAAUUCCAGCACUAUAGCUCCCUAUGCAAUAAUUACCUUUGUAGGGUAAAGGGACAUGGGACACUGCACCCAGACCACUUCAAUGAGCUGUAGUGGUGUGGGUGCCCAUAGUGUCCCUUUAAUGCACUAUUGAUUCAUACUAAUGCUUUGCUUCUGUUCACUGUUCAGGAAUGAAAUGAGUUUACUCCUCCAGCAAAUACGGGAGAAGGAUCUGCAGUCUGAGCAAGAUCGUGUACUGAGAAACAAAAUGAUGGCUGACAAUGCGCUGCUGACUAGUGAGAGAAACGAUUUGAACAAUAAGCUUUUGGAGCUGAACAAGCAGCUGGAGAUAGUAAGAAGUUGUUGGCCUUUCAUUCAGUACUUGUUUCUACAGAAAGAGCUAAAUGUUUUGUGUAAUCACAUAUUGUGCAACUUUUCUGGAUCCAACAGGACCGUCCUGAUUUGGUUUUGUUGACUUUCCUGAACUAGGAACUGACAUGGGAAUUUCAUAUUCUACGCCAAGAAACCGUAAUUGUGUGAGAGGCAAAUAAGGCCGUAUAGGGAGUGUACAAAAGUAGCAUAUUAUAGGAAGAGAGAAGUCGGUUGAGGUGUGCCGGAACCGACGACGCGGUAGGCCUGUAAUAAAAGAGAGCCCACCCAUGAGGUGUAAUGAAAGGUAUAGAUAGAGGGAGUGGAGGGUGGGGACAUGCGAAUCGCUAGAGCACGUACGGGAUGGAGGAAGGUGAGUAGUGGGUUUAUAUAGGGUAUCAUGCUCCUCCCACAACAGCAGGCCAAGCCUUCGCAUUUGUGUGAGGGGCAAAUAAGGCCAUAUAGGGAGUGUACAAAAAUAGCAUAUUAAAGGAAGAGAGAAGUCUGUUGAGGUGUGCCGGGACCGACAACGCGGUAGGCCUGUAAUAAAAAAAGGGCAAAAAUAGAUACAUGCCAGAACGUAGAACAAUCAACAACUGAUAAGAAAGGACUUAAUUACAUAGUCAAUUGGUAAAUGCCUGUUGAAGAUCUUGUAUGGAAUGUGGUACGUAUGGGGAAUAUGCUGAGAACUUCCAUUGACCUAGACAUAUGAAGAUUAAAGCCAUGGAUGCCACCCUAUCCUAAAAGGGGUGACCAGAAUAGUUGGACGGAUUGAACCUAGCCUCAAGAUCAAAGAACUAGAGAAUAGCAUGUAUUUCGUAGUUGUGAGGAUUGAUCCCUGUAGUGAUAUCUGUGGUUGUGAGGCUUGGUUACAAAGAGAGAGUAAAUACGUGCCUGGAACUUUAACCGGCACUCUUAAUUAUGCGAGGGGAAGUAAGGUAUGUUAACCUGAUGACUGUCUUGGGUAGACUUGGUGUGGAGUAGAGAAAGUAAGUAAUAGUCUCCUUGUUGGAUAGGUGAGACUUCCUGAGACAAUGCUGCAAGUUGGGCGUGGUAGAUGUGGUAAAUAUGCGGGGCCUAAGGAACCGUUACACCAGGUAUAUAGUGGAUUUAACUACUAGGUUGGUGCCUGGUUCGUAAGGACAGGCAUCUAAUAGAGCUGAUAGAUUGAUUGAAAUAAUUGGGUGCUGAUGGGAAAUCUGUAAAAUUUGAAUUGUCCGAGAACCUGAAAGCCUUGAGUAUGGUAAUAAUCUGGUAUGAGGACAUGAAGCUAUGUAUGAAUUGGUAAACCUGUACAACAUGUGGAGUUGUAAACCGGAUAGGUAUAGUUGAUGGUAUUAAGGGAUAAUGCAAGUUAGAAGUGGCAAAAAAAAAAAAAGCGAAAAACCAAUCACAGACAACACAGCAAAAAAGACAGUAACAUUAUGCAUAAAAAGGAGCCCCCAAAAGGAGAAGAAGAAGGCCCUAACACAUGUACCGCGAGUGUUAGUAGAUAGAGCCAGACAUGAAACAUGAUGACCAGGAGUGAACGAGGCAGGCAGACUCCGAAACGCAGGGAAUGGCAGCGGCUACGGGAGAGGUCGUAGGCUGAGCCAUGUGGAAUGCCCAGUGGAUCCACAGGAGAGAUCGUAUGAGAUGGUGUCGGAAGUCCAGCUGGGACUUAGCCAGAGCGGCUGACCCCAAUUACCCAAAACUGCCAACCGAAACCGCCCCAUAGACGACAGUAGCGAAAACAAACGGGGGUCGAACAACGGAGAAGUAAGAACGACUCGGGCCUGCUCCAGCAACAGCGUUAUCCAUGGAGGCAGACAGUGACACUGACGGAUCAGACGUCUGAAAGGCUGCCGGGGAAGGAAUAUGUCGACUAAGAACCGCAGCAAAGCGAGGAAGAGACCAGGAUAUGAAAAGUAGGUAUGAGUAGCCCAAUCUUACAGUGUGACGGGGUACCAGACCUAGCCGGAGAGCAGGGCAGGAGAAGUAUUACGUCACCGCCUGGUAGCGGAGACAUGCUAGAAAAAGAUUAAAUAGCGCAAAUAGGACCCAUUGUGUGCUGGCAAACUAGCUAAUGCCAAAAAUGCAAAACAAUUAAAACUAGAUUUGGUGACAGAUGAGGCCCUGUUAGAUGCCAAGUGGCGUGAGAGGCUCUAUCUAUGCGUUGGCGCGAGGGGAUAACGUGGCCACUGAACGUUGUUGCGGGGUGUUGGCCUCUUGGUGACAGUUAAACAUAAGAUAGAAUGGGAGUGACAGGUGAGGCCCUCUCUAUGCCACAAUGCGAGGCGACUAACUAUGAUUUGGCCCGAGGGGUGUAGUACCUCCGAGGAUGAGGAUGAGUGUUUGCCUCGCUGGACCACUAACCUAAGGCAAAGAAGCCAGGGGAAUUACAACUGGUCAGACCGUAUGGAGUAAGAAAAAGGAAGCGAAUAAGCAGCGUAUAUAUGACCCAAUGUGUGCUGGCAUACUAGCUAAUGCCAAAAGGCGAAACAAUUAAAACUAAAUUUGGUGACAGGUGAGGCCCUGCUAGAUGCCAAGCGGCGUGAGAGGCUCUAUCUGUGCGUUGGCGCGAGGGGAUAACGUGGCCACUGAACGUUGUGGCGGGGUGUCGGCCUCUCGGUGACAGUUAAACAUAAGAUAGAAUGGGAGUGACAGGUGAGGCCCUCUCUAUGCCACAAUGCGAGGCGACUAACUAUGAUUUGGCCCGAGGGGUGUGGUACCUCCGAGUAUGAGGAUGGGUUUUGGCCUCACGGGACCACUAAACUAAGGCGAAGAAGCCAGGGGGAAAUCACAACUAGUGGACACCUAGGAAGAGGGGAGGGUAGCGAGUGAGAGAGAGAACGUACCUGAGAAACGAAACUUGGGGGGGUGCAGGAAAAUAAUGUAGCACGAGGAGUAUGGCGGUCCAGCCAAGCAGGGAAACGAAAACACGAAAGAAGAACGCGGGCUUUGCGACGGGACCGAAAAAACGUGGUAUGACACUGUACAAAAAUUUUUGGCGCGAUGCACCGAUCCAAAUAUAAAAUAGCUUAUGACAUGAAAAAAGUAAAUUGCAUAUAGAAAACAUCAGCACCCGGCUGUACACAUUCUCAGCAAUCUGUCUGCAUGGGUCUACAGAGAUAUCACUUCACAGUGUAAUUUGAACACCCACCAUACUUGGCUGGUCGCCAAAUCUGAGCACUAAUAGCUAAGUACUAAGAUGUAGGUUAAAUUUUUUUUUUUUUAUAUAUAGUGUUCCUGGGACACAAAAUGGAGUGUCAAACGACGCCCUACUGGGGAUCAUAUCAUUUCAACCAUAAAAAGAGCUCCCAUCAAACUUGCAAUGGAUAAACACUAAUACCAGUGCCCGGGUAAAAAAAAAAAAAAACGUAAUUAGAAUGAGAAGUCGUAGUAACAGCUGCUGACACAACAUUGGUAUACUGUGGUAUUUUCCCUGAAUCAGGAACCCACGUCAGCUAUCUCAAACCUAAAAUGGCAACAUUUCGUUAAUUCACCAGAGUUAACUAUUUAGCGAAUAACUCCCCAUUUACUUAUUUGUGUGAAAAAGGUAACAUAUGUGGUCAUAUUGAGACUGCGGCUGCCAUCUACUAUAACAGUGGUCUUUUAAGCACUAAUUGCUUAUACCCAGCAUUGUCCAACAAAUAAUUAGGACGUUUAUGUGGUGUCUGAGCCAGAUUACAGAGAAGUUAGAAAAAGUUCCUGUUUUAUUUUAUUUAUUAUUAUUAUUAUUAAUAAUCUUUUUAAGGCAUUCAUAAAAGAAAAACAGGUAACACAAAACUGGGGAACUAUUUCAAGGUAGAGCAGUGUCCAAGGAAGCCACAAUAAUGGUACUGCUGAUCGCUUAAAACUGUUCCAAUAGGUUCAUGAACCACCACAUGUCUAUAAAAAGUUAGCACUAAAAAAAAAAAAAAAAAAAAGGACCAGGCAUGUUAUUCAAUCGUGUGAGCAGAGAAAAACAAAACGGCUGUAGCUGAAGGGAUUAAACUGAGGGACAGAGAUCCCUCCAUGAUUACACCAUGUAAGAAAUCAUCUCUGGCUGCCCUGUAUGGAGUCACCACACACCGCGGUUGACAACAUGACCAUAUGAAAACAAAAACUGUACGAAAGCCCUAUCCGGCCAUAGGGCUUUUGUGCAGAAAAUCAAAUGAAGCCUAUAUAGGCGAACCCUAUAUAGCCACGAAAACCCCAGGAAACAGACGAAUGUGAAACCAUGCGAGCAACAGGAAUGCGGGAAAGAAACUCCCGAACAGUGAGGCCAAUACGUUCGGGAGUUUGGAAAGAAAACUAAGAGAGGAAACGAAUAAACACACGAAAGGAGCAGAGGGAGGAACUGCAUGGGAACUGCGACCGUGGCGUGACGGUAGGGUAAGUAACUCACGAAUCAGAAGACUUGUCGUGGACGGACAGCCGACCGGAGCAGAGCCCAGAAAGGACCGCGGCGGAACAGCAGGCCAGGUAAGGAAAACACACAAGGGGGCCAGGCAAGGGAGGAGAUGGCACCGGAAAUAGCGACAUAUGAGUCGCUAGAGCACGUACGGGACGGAGGAAAGUGAGUAGUGGGUUUAUAUAGGGUAACAUACUCCCACAACUGCAGGCCAAGCCUUCGCAUUUGUAAACAGUUGUAACCAUCUUGCCUGUUUUAACCUAAAAUGUGCAAUUCUCUGGUCCGUUCUCCUUGGUUUUCUGUUUGGUAAAUGAUCCUGCUUGUGAUUAUAAAUAGAAGUGUAAAUUAAUGUGCCUAUUCCUGUUUUCCAGCAUAGAGGCCUUAAAGAAGAGAAUAACUCCUAUGAUUCUUCCAGCAUCGCUCAGCUUCUCAGUGUGAAAGACCGAGAGGAGCAUCUGAGCAAUGAGGUCAAGCGGUACCAAGAACUCUUACAACUGGAGAAGAUCCAAUUCAAGGACACAAUGGAACAGGUGAUUACACAAUACGACACCAGGAUACUGACACUGGGUUAAAGGAUUUAUGUACAGCUUCAUUUGUAUUGACAGUGUCUACUGUAGAUAAGAUGCAAAUCAUAUAUAAUUCAAUAAAAAUGUCAUCAUUGUGUGGAAAUUAAACAAUUUGUAAAUGUAUUUUAACACCACUUAUUCCCAGUUUGAAAUUUUAUGCUGAAAGUUUUAUAGUAAUCUUGUUUUAAAGACACAUAUUCAUGAAACUGAAUAUAAUGUUGUCCCAGCUUUGAUCAUGGCCAGUUUAAAAUAUUUAUAUUUUUAGGCCUGCAUUUAGUAAAAUAGAAUCUGCAAUUUUCAGUCUACUUUAUAUCGAGUUCAGCCCUGAACUAUGCAUUUUUCUAAGCAUCCCAUAUCAAUUUGCAUCAAAAAAGUCUGCUACAUUUGUCUGUUUUUUCUUAACAAGUACAGCCCACUUCAUGUAGAUCCAGCUACACCUUCCAUAUCAACACAUCACUCCCUCACUAUAUUCCUUACUCCAUCCCCUAUAUGAUUAAGGGAUUCUGGUUUGAAAAUGUUAGCAUUAAGAGAGCUGGUGGGUAUGGAUGCAAAAUUCACAUUUACACCCAGUCUCUGUCUCACAUUCACUGAGUGAGAGUCAGACAGACUUGCAUGGCUCUUUGAACACUGUAUGCUACAGUGAUCUAGGCCCGCUGUACAUUUAUUAUUCCACAUUUCUUGAAGAGUUGUUUCUGUACAAACACAGCACUGCAUUAAAGGACCACUAUAGGCACCCAGACCACUUCAGCUUAAUGAAGUGGUCUGGGUGCCAGGUCCAGCUAGGGUUAACCCUUUUUUUUAUAAACAUAGCAGUUUCAGAGAAACUGCUAUGUUUAUAAAUGGGUUAAUCCAGCCUCCAUUGGCUGUCUCUUGACAGCCGCUAGAGGCGCUUGCGUGCUUCUCACUGUGAAAAUCACAUUGAGAAGACGCCAGCGUCCAUAGGAAAGCCUCGUGAAUGCUUUCCUAUGGACUGGCUGAAUGCCCAUUCAGCCGAAGAGGAGGAGAAGGGGGCACCCUCAGGGCACUUUAGUGCCAGGAAAACGAGUAUGUUUUCCUGGCACUAUAGUGGUCCUUUAAACAAAUACAAGAAACACAUGCAAAUAGCCCACAUGAAAUAUGGGAGACUCAUGAGCUCAUUGUAUGUCAAUGGAUGGAACAGUAAAAGAGAGGCUGAUGUGGUUUGUACAUCCAUUGUGCAGUGUAAGUUGAUUACUAAUUACAGCAAGAUUGAAGAUAGAAGGGUACAUUAAUAAAUAUUGGUUCAGGGGAGGGUAUAAAGGGUAUAGAAAAAAUCCAUAGCAAUAUGAUACAGAAAUGGGAAAAUGGGUACGUUGCAGGAAUGAAUAACAAAAUAAAUGAGCAAAAUUAAAAAAUAAGAGGAGGAAAAUGAUAAAACAGGACCUAUAGAACUGAUAGUAUAGGGGAGGAAAUUGAGAGCGUGAAUCAUCUGUUCUACUUACCUUGUGGUCACUCAAACAUAUUUUACACAGGUGGCAAGGUGGCAUUUUCUAGCUUUCUACUCGCGGUACAGUUAACACAUUUAUGAGAAAUAGCUUUAUUAGCUAAUUCACUAGCUGUUCCAAAGAUCUCACUAUAAAUAGAUUAGUAAGGGCUGUCCGUUAGUGGAUUGUUGUGGUCAACUUUCAUGUAUUCUGUGUGCUGAGCGCUAAAGCACCAGACAUAUAUAAACAAGGGAAAGCAUAAUAUACCUCUAAUUACCUGCAGUCUCUUAGUAGAUUCUUACAUUUUGGAAGGAAAUUACAGAAUCUAAUUUGAUGGAGUUUUUUUUUCCCCUUUUACCAUAUGAGUAUUUUAUUAAUAUGAAUAGCUGUGCAGACUGUUUUAAAAUGUCUAUUUUUCUUGUUAUCUUCUCUAAUUCCAUAAGGGCCUGUGAUGAAUUGGCAUGUUACAAAAAAGGACCCCAAGGACCAGUGACGUACCAACACACCACAGUAAACAACUAUAGUGUCCAUCUGUGUUUGCAGUCUCAGGGGAAAUGGCUCAUCUUAACUGUUACAGGACUGGAGCAGUUAUGAUCUGUCCCUUAAUUGACAUUUUCCAGCAUGCAAUCUCUUUGAGCUUGUAUCAUAUGCAUGAAAUACUACACAUACUGAUCACCAGUGAGAGGUAGCUUUGGAGGUAGCUCCUUUCCUCUAGUGUCCUUAAACCCCACUUCCUUUCAAAAUGCACUUAAUCCAUUGAUGAUUAUUUUAUACAAUAAUCAAUUUAAUUCCUUAGGUCUAAUUACUAAAUUUAAUCCCCCAUCCAAUAUUCUCAAUUCCUAACCUUCUAAACAUAAUAUACAUUGGCCAAAGAACCCUCCAAGACUGGUUCUCAUUCAAUUACCUGAAGUGUGAGUGUGACUUGGGGCUAAGUAUAAACAUCAGUCAUCCAUGUCCAUAAUGUCCCUAAGCCCUAGCAAAAAAAAAAUAACUCUUGAUAAUUGUAGUGUACAGUGAUCAAAGAGUCCUGCAAGACUAUCUGACUCUUAUUCAGUGACUGGGUGUAAAUGUGGACAUUGCCUCCAUAACCACCAGCUCCCCUAAUGCUACCAUUUUUAAACCAGAAUCCCUUAAUCAUUAUACUAUACUUUAAAAUGCUUUGGAAAGUUGUAGUUGUAAAAUAGUGCUAAAAAUGUAAUUACCUUUAUUAUAUGUGACAUGUAAUAUUGCCUAGACAUAUGAGAUUUUUCCAAAAUGAAGACACUUGAGUGAAUGCGAUAAAGGUUUAUUCUAACCACCUUCUGGUUUUAGAAGUGGUUAUGGUGGUAGGAGUCUGUAUGUGCAGUGUUUCUGCUUAAAACACUGCACAUCCAGAGAUAUUUGGACUUGUGUCCUGUGGGCUAGUUACAGUCCUUGCACAGGCAAUAUUAAUUCUGUACAAAUAAUACAUCUGUAAUCAGCAUGCACUGUGUGUUGGCAACAGACGUGGUCAGCAUGGUAAAGCUUGUUUCUUCCACACUACUUCCCUUUAUCAUAGCAGUCCCUCCCAGUCCUCCCUACCUCCUUUAGAUUUUUUUUUUUUUUUUUUUUAUAUUAGUACAGCCCUCCCCAUCCAUUCCCUUCCUUUAUAUGCUUUCUGAGCCAGUGACAGUGGUCCAAUAAAAUGCUUCUCUUUGUGAAUGGGGCAUAACGAGGAGCGCUGGGAGCUUCACCGGUGCUGUAUUUCAGGUAAGUUUAAAACCUGAAUUUUAAAGAGGGAGGGGCUAAUGAGCAAUGUCCAGUAGAUCAUUCUAAAUUUAAUGAAAGGUUCUUCAAAAAGGGUUGGAUUAACUUUCAAAUGAUACAUUUUUGGUUGAUAUCCUAUUAGUGUAAACAUGAUUAUAGACAAAACAAUGUAAAACACCCAUUUUAUUAAAUAUUCCUGUUUGUUUUUCAUUUUAUGUUUAAUAAAGUGUUGUGUAUUUACAAUAAUGUUUCAAAGAAAGUCCAAUAUGACCUUUAAAAGGCAAUAUAUGGUAAAUGAAGGUGCACUUAAUAGUUCUAUGGUUGGAAUAACACUUCUCAAAUUCCAAAAAUUGCUCAUGUCCUACAGUGAAAAUUAGUCCCGGUAUUUAAUAGCUUAAAAUAGUGGUCAAUCAAAUCUCACUUGUUUGCUUCACUUUUUAAAUCUAUUGUAUUACUUUUUAUAUGGACACAAGGAGCACACUUCCAUUGUUGUUGUAUUUGUCAUACAUAUAGAAUGCUAUUUUGUAAUUGUUUUCCCCUAGAUUUACAUCCUUCAAAGUGGAAAGAAACUACAGGAUUUAAGUGUAGCUACUAUUGGUAGUCGUAUCGCUGAACUACAAGCAUUAUUGGCCAAAGAACAUCAACUCAACACUGAACUGAGAAGAGACAAAGGUUUACUGGUUGACCAUGCAAGUAAUUUGCAAACUCAGGUAAAACAUUAAAGGGACACUAUAGUCACCCAAACAACUACAGCUUAAUGUAGUUAUAAUCAUUGCCUUCAGGCAUUUUCGUACAAACACUGCUUUUUCAGUGAAAAUGCAGUGUUUACAUUCCCCCCUAGGAACACCUCCAAGUAGCCACUCCUCAGAUGGCACAGUAGGCAGCACUGCCGUUCAGCAUCAUAGAGAUGCAUUGAUACAGUGCAACUCUAUGAGGAGGUGCUGAUUGGCUAAAACUGUGUUUGGCCCCACCCCCAUCCUGCCUCCUUGAUGAUUUCAGACGAUUGGCUACAAUUUGGCAAUUCUGAUGUCACCAAGGAGGCGGAUCGGGGGCGAACCAGUGUCAGUGGACCCGCGCAGCGCUGGAAAUAAGGUGAGUUUUCAUCUUUUCUAAGGGGGCUGGGGGAGGACAAGCCACCUAAAUGGUGGAUUAAACACUAUAGGGUCAGGAAUAUAUGUUUGUGUUCCUGACCCUAUAGUGUUCCUUUAAUUAGUGUUUAAUGAUUACAUAUUUCAUUUUACUUAUUAUUUCAACAAUACAUUCUACCUCAUCCUGCCAGUGUAGUAUGGCUUAAAAAUAAUCUAACAGAGAAUUUAUUGCAGGAUUUCCAGCUGCCAAAACCACAGCUAAAAAUCCAGUAUUAAAAUACUCCUGGUAUAUCAUGCCCUAUGGAGUAAUAUAUAUGCACAAUGAUGUGGUAAAAUGAUACAUACAAUUCUUAAAUUAAGCACUUAAAUAGUUCUGGAAAUGUAACAAGAAUUGCGUAGCUCAUUUAAAGUGAUUGCAGUAAGACUGUUGACCAGCAGGUGGUACUCCAUCAUUUCUUCUGUUGCAUUCUCAGUUAAAGGCACAGUGGUGCUCUUACUUCAGGCACAAUACAAUGCAACUUUCAUCUGUUUUUAUCUACAGGCUAGUCUUCGAAUAGGAAUGCAUGCGUAGCAAGCAAGUCCUACAUCUAUAUGUUAAUGUAUCCAUGUGUUACUGGAGUUUGUUUGAGUCUACUAAUACUGUAUGUUAUAAAUCUGUAAAUACAAUUGGCUGUAACUGCAUUGUGGUGAAAAUUACAGAUAAUCAGUUUACCUGUUUUCUCAAAUGAGUUGUGUAUGUUUAAAGGGAAAGUGCUUGGAUUAAUUAAUGCAAAUGUAAUUAGCAAUAAGCACAGAAAUUCAAACCUCCAACUUCUUUUUUUUUUUUUCUGUGCCUUAUAGAUGUUUUCCAUGUGAUGCUUUAUACUACGAUCAUUACUCUUGUCAAAUUUACUUAUCACUAACAGUUGUUAAGCCAAAGUAAGCAGAUUGAAAGUUGGCUGAGCUGCAUAUCACAUAUGGUUCACAGACAGAACCUUAGCCAUCACGGAUGAUAGUGAAAAUUGAUAUUUCUAUGCACUUUAAGAACUUUGUGAAUCUAUUUCCCAUGUUACCACAUAAAGGGAUUAUUUUGUUCUGAAAUUAAAAGUGGAUGAUUAGUUAAAGGGAAACCGCAAGUACAAUACUCACUUAUGCUUACUGUUUUUCUGAUAUGGUGCAAGUUUCUCUUUGUUUGACACAAUUCCAUAGCAAGAUAAAAAUUAAAGAAGAUCCUAGACAGGGUACGUUGUUUUACAGUUUUCCCCCUACAUUGGCAGUUGUCCAGAAACCAAAGUAAUUUCCCUAAUGUUCACCUCAUUCUAUAGUCUAACUUAUUCACCUAGCAAAGUUAUUUGCCCUCCAGCUCAUGUGACACACCUAGUCAUGUCACUUAUACCUAUCACUUUGUAAUUUUCUCCAUUUCACCUCUUAUAUGAUGACUCCCCUUCAUCUAAAUAAUGCUUGCAGGAUUAACUUCCUAUAACUUCCUUGCAGGAUUAACUUCCUAUAAUGCUUGCAGGAUUAAAUUCCUGUAUUUUUGCGUUUUGCUUUGAAAUAAUAUUCUCUUCAAGCUCAAACCCAGCACUGCUGUAGCACUAUCAAAUGUAAAGGGAGAUAUCGAUGAACGGUACCCUGGUGUAUGACAUGUCUGCGCACUGUUCUUAUAGGUCCCUUAACACAACAUCAGCUGGGCCCUGGGAAAUUGACAUGGGCUUGAUAUACGAAGAACAUGGCAUGGUGGACAUGUGAUCAGAGGAAACAUUAAUAAUGACUUGCAACAAGUGUUACGUGGCACAGGUAGAAAGAAAUACUGGGGGAAAUAAACUCAAUGAGUGUGGCAAGUUAAUAAGAUAGGGUGAAAGAGAAAUGGAAACAAUUUGAACUGAGGCGGUAUAAAAGAAUUUGAGAAUGAAGAUGAGAAGGUGAGAACAUGUAGGAUGGAUCAGAAAUAGGAAGCAAUGGAGAAUAGAAUGACGUAUAACUGUCCAGUCCAGUGUAUGGGUGUAUUUCUGCAUAUAUUAUAAGACGGAUUUAUACACCAAAAAUGAUUUGGAGGUGAAGGUGCUGCAGAUUUGCCAAUUGUAGGCUGAAAAUACAGUGUCAAAAGAAAAUCUAAAGCUUUAUUGAAUUCACAAUCUGGUUCCCCAAAUCCCAUCCCUAUCAGCCAGUUGUCACGCUUUAUUUAGCACUGGCAAAUCUGUGCACUGGCCUUUGGGAGGUGCAAGCAGGACACCAGACCUAGGCCAUACACGGCAGAGGCCGCAUAGACAAUGAUAACCAGUAGGUGCCACGCAAGCAGAAACUUCUAGCCCCGCCCAAUGCAUCACAACACAGAGAUAGGUAGUGGAUGCCAUGAGGUGAUAUCAGACCAGAUGCUGCUUGAUUUACUGUGAGCUGAGGGGAGGUUGUGGUGCCAGGUGCUGCUUUCCUAAGUGCAGAUAACAGAAACUGUGUGGAGCACACUUACCUAUUGUUCUAUGUAAGGUUAGGAGAGUAAGACAGUGUGUGUAUUAAAGGAACACUAAAGCAACAAAAAUUGCAGAAUUCAAUUGAAAUUAAAGAAUAAUAUAAAUUAACCUGGUUACACCACUGGCUUUCAAUCCCACAACAUGUCCUGUUACUUGCUGGUUGUUUGGCUCUGUGGAAUUACUCAAGAGUAACUCAAGAGGCAGACAAUUGCAAAGCAGGUGCUCUGUGCUAAGACUUCUUAUUGAGCUACAUUGGGGAGCCUGUGAUUGGCUGGUCCCAGAAAGUCUGGGUGGGGUUAGAAGGGGAAGGCUUGCAAAGGUUUUGUAAGUCAUUUUUAGAUAUACCUACAAUGAAAAAAUGCAUGUAUGUUCUUAUUGGGGUACAGAUACUAAAUAGUAAUAUUAUUGUUUAUUUAUUUCCUAUGGGCAGUGUAGUGUUUGUGAAUGUUAGUGCCAGGGUUAUUAACUAGAGUGAGAAUUGCUGUGAAUUCAACAUGAAUUCGAAAUCCAAGGUCAAAAUACCCAAAUUGAAAACAGAAUUGACUUGCAUAAUGUUUCUAAUUCAGCAAUUUUGGCCUACAUUUUUAAAUUUAAAUUGAAUUCACAGCAAUUCUCACUUUGGUAAAUAGCUGUGUGUUUCUAUAAAUAUUUUUUACAGUGUACUUGAAUGCAUGUUAGUGUGUUCAUAGACGAGUGCUAGUGAGUACUGCAUGAGUGUUAGUAUGCAUCUACGUAAGUAUAUUAGGAAAUAUUUGGUUUGCUUGAGUGUGUCUGUGUAGCAGUGUUAGUGUGUUAUAGUCUGUGUGUGUUCUAGUGUGUGUUUGUGUUGCUAAUUAGGUAAGUGUUUGGAAAAUUCUUCAUGGAUAAUUCUAUAUGUAUGUGUCAAUUUAGGUGUUUGAAAGUGGCUAAUUAAAGAUGUGUUACUAAUUAUGUGUGUGCUUGUGUAGACAAAGGGUGUCUCAAGCAGUAUCUCAUAGAUUGUAAGUGUCCCGCAAUAUUGUUGUUAAAUUAUUACAGCAUUUUUUUUCUGGCAUAGAAGACUGACAGCUAUCACAGUUGUAUUACUGUUUGUCUGUCAGUUGAUCUCACCUUCUUGUUGUCGGUGUCUGGCGCAUUACUGCUGUUUGUUGGUUGUUUGAUAGUUAGUGAGAAACAUGCUAUGUGGUUUUGGCAGGUAUUACUUGCGAGUUACAGUUCUUUUUCUGUAAUACGAUGGUUCAGUUGUUGCAGUAGUUAUAUGUGGAUUGUGUUUUAACGUAAAGAGUGACAUGAAUCACCAAGUUGCUGAAAGCUCAAAGCGCUGAAUCAGUGCUAGACUGGUAUAACGGGUUUAUAUUUGAACACAUGGUCAAACUUUAUGAUCCCUCAUAGAAAUCCUCAUAUUCUCUAAAAAUCUCUUUUAUUUAUAAAGAGUUUAUCCAUAACCGUAUAACUAGAGUAUUGUUAUUACUUACGUGUUAAUAUGUAAUUAUUUACAAAGAAAGAAUAUUGUCAUCAAUAUUAAUUAUAUGUUCAGCUUUGGUUACAUAGAGAGAAAACUGGGGUUUAUAUUCUAAAUUAUAUUUUUUGGGUAAAUUAAAAAAUAAAUUGUAAACUUUAGACCUACUCUUAAAAAAAAAAAAAAAAAAAAAAAGAUGGGUUGCAACAUUUUUUCCUCCCCUCUAAUUACACCAAUUCCACAGGAGGUUUAACUCUGAGAAUGCAUAGAAGGCAAUUUAUACUUUGUAUCUAGUGCUGACUUCAAUUUAAUUGAGCACUCUAGCUACAUUGUCAAUGAUCUGUGUGACUAUAUACUUUACAGAUAUAUUUUUCUUUCCUACCUGUAUGAAUGUUAACAUUAGUUUGGAAUGUUGCUAUUGUACUAGGAGAGUUAUAGCAUUAGCAACUUAGUAGUUUUUCACAUUAGAUCAUUUAUUUGUAGCAAGGUUGUAUGUCUGAGUGGGUUUUCUCCCCCCUUUUUUUGAUUUUUGCAUCCACCUCUAAGUUCUUCUUUUUCUAUGAGGGGAUUUAACAAGUUGGAUUAUAUAACCCACCCAGAGGCAUUUUCACCUCUCCAUAUUGAUCUUAAUAUAUUUUUUGUCUUUUUAUUUCUUUUUAAAUAGUAAUCAUUAAAAGUUAAAUUUUAGCUAUACAUAUUAUCAUAGCAAUCAAUUAGGGGGCGCCCUUUUUCCAUUGACCACUCUGGUCUUUCUUUUCUUUACAGUCUCAAAUUCAUCUAUUAUUUUGAGCUGCACUUUGUAAUCUUUUAAUUCAAGAGUUUUUUUAAAAGUUUUUUUAAAGUCUUGUGAAAGUAACUAAAGUAUGUUCUGUGUCUUCGAUGGCAUGAGAUUAUGAGAUGCUGCAAACUACAGAAUAGACAUUGGUCAAUGUGUCAUUGUCUUGGCCUGUUAUAGUGCAUGUGGACCACUGGGGAGAGGUGAGCUAUGACGCCUACAAAAUCCAAAAUUGCUGGACUGUAAAGCGUUGUUUAAAUAGUCCGAUCAGAAAUAAUUUGCUUGUACUUUACGUUGCUUAGGAUCAAUGUAUCAAACCUAUAGCAGCUGGCUGACUGGCAAGUACUCUCUUGGAGGCUGUAUUAUAUCUGUUUAAUUCAUUAUCAUUCACAAUUUAAAUACAUAUUGAACAGAUCUAUACAUACUUCUGAAAAAUAUAUGAGGAAACACUGCCUAAGGCAGAUUUUGCAUUCAGGGAUGCUAUUUGUAUAAUGAUGAGAGUAUGUUUCUGAUAAUAAUAGUCAUAUAUUUUCUGUUAAGAUGUUGAACAAGGAUGCUGAGCUGCGUCACAUUUCAUCAAGGAUUGAAGAUCUUGACUCACGAAUGUCCUUUGUGAAGACAGAUCAAGCAUUACAUAGAUCUCUGCAAUCAGAAAGGUGGAAGGAGAUCUCCAGCAUUGCAGACUCUAUAACCAAGUUGAACUGGCCAUUAGAUGGGCCAUCUCCCUCUUUUGAAAAGUUAUAGUACCUCCUAUGUCGCAAUGCUAACUUUCAAAUUCCUACUAAUUGUUUGUCUUAAUAGGUAGAAGAUUAAAAUGCUCAUAUUUAGUCUGUAACCCAUUGCUCUCACUGUUGCAAUAAAA